UAUCCCAUCCUAUCCUGUCCUAUCCGUAGCAUCGCUCAGCCGCUGAUGUAAGUUGACAUUAACUGUCGAGGCGUUCCACAGUAGCGAAAAAAAGCCUGAAAUGUUGCGUCAAUGAUAGUCACCAAGCUGCGAAGAAUCUAGCGCGCCGCACAACGCCAUUGCUUACAGCCAACUAAGUUCAUUUGCGUCGUUCGCGAUUGUGCGGCGGACAGGUGCGCCUGCGGUUGUUGUACACCCAACUGUUGUGCGAAUACUCAGUCGCGAAUACUCAGCCGCGACAUCGACAGCCUACGGGAGAAUCCCAGAGCUGGAGUGCGCACGAUUCACCCGAUGGGCACCAGCGUGAACCAGCGGCAGCUGCUCGUCGCAGUCGUGCGCCUGUCACUGCUGAUGCACGCAGUGAGCGGCGACGCGACGCUUCGUAAAGCCAGCUGCCGCAUCGUGGGCAAGAACGUGGAAGGACUCUUAGUAUUCAUGUCGCAUGGAGACAUCGUUGCUAUUCGAGGCAUCAUCGACGGCCUCGAACCUGGCAAGCACGGGCUCACCGUCAACGAGUCGGGUAACGUGACGGACAACUGCGACGCCGUCGGAGCUCACUUCAACCCGUACGGCAAGGAGCACGGGCCCGAGACCUCGGAAAACUCUCACCUGGGCGACCUGGGCAACGUGGAUGCCACCGAAGACCUUAUCGCCGUGGUGCAGAAAAGCAGCCGAAGGAUUCGUCUGCACGGUAAUGACAGCAUCGUGUCCCGUUCGUGCGUGGUCUACGAGCGGCCGGAUGACUACGGUGCCAAGGGCGACGUAUUGAGCAAGUCCACUGGCAACAUGGGUGAUCCCGUGGGCUGCGGCCUCAUACGGGGCUUUGGCAAGCAUGCCGCCAGCAGCGCUCCUGCGUUCGCUUUGCCUCUGCGAGUGUCGCCGCUGGCGGCAGCGUUCGUCCUCAGUGCAUUCCUGUUUCUUGACAGUCGCUUAAGUCUAAGCUUAUUUUUGUUUUCUACAGCUUCGUGAAAUGAAUGAUGCUUCUCUUAAUGUUUAA